AUGGCUAUGAUUCCUGACACUGGCCUUGUCGCGUCUGUCCUUGGUGUAUGGCCAGAAGUCUCGAGUGUUUGGGCACAGCUCGCGACUUUCAACAUUUUCGAGGCGCUGAUCCCAGCUAUGGACACGGCAGCUCGUGCUGAAGCCAAAACUCGUUUAUCUGGAAAGUAUGUCGACAAAAAGACGGGCUCUGCACUCACCCUCUCUUUGUAUAAGGGAACUGGUCUGGUCUUGAGUAACUGGACUGCCCGAGGUUUCGACGUCCUACCCAAUUUGAACCGCUUCCAGCCUGGACGAUAUAACUAUACCACUGAUUCAGGCAUCAAGAUUGUUCGGCUAUGCCCUACUGGUAUUGAGAACAAGUCUUGGGCUGCAUGGAGAGCUGUGUUCCUGACACUAAGUGACAAAGAAGCAGAGAUGAUUGAAGGUCUGACUUGA